AUGGCCACCACGCCCGUGAGCAGCACCGACCAAGGAGGAGAGGGGAAAAUGGCGGAAAUGGGGAGGGAUUUGACGACGAAGGCCGAGAUGGCUAGCGGCGGGUCUCAAGGUCGCAGAAGAAGAGUGAGCAUGACAGGGCAGAGCAGCUACAGCCGGCUCGCCGGCGACGAUGCCGCCGUGAUAUCCGCCGGCGGCGGCGACGACUACGACGCAAAGAAGCUGAGGCUGCUUGGCUACGAGCCGCAGCUCAAGCGCAAUCUCUCGCUGUUGUCCAACUUCUCGGUGACCUUCUCGAUCAUAUCGGUCCUCACGGGCAUCACUACGUUGUACGGGACAGGUCUCGAGUUUGGUGGACCGGUGGCCAUGGUGUACGGUUGGCCAAUCGCCGGCAUCUUCACCAUCAUCGUCGGCUUAGCCAUGGCCGAGAUCUGCUCCGCCUACCCCACCUCCGGUGGACUCUACUUCUGGAGCGCCAGGCUCUGCAGCGAGCGACGUUGGGGCCCCCUCGCCUCCUGGUUCACCGGCUGGUUUAACAUCGUUGGACAGUGGGCGGUGACAACUAGCGUGGACUUCUCGCUGGCGCAGCUGAUCCAGGUGAUCAUCCUGCUCAGCACCGGCGGCAACAACGGCGGAGGCUACCUGGCGUCCAAGUACGUGGUCAUCGCCUUCCACGCCGCCAUCCUGCUCAGCCACGCCUUCAUCAACAGCCUCCCCAUUUCAUGGCUCUCCUUCUUUGGCCAGUUUGCGGCUGCUUGGAACAUGCUAGGUGUCUUUGUCCUGAUGAUUGCCGUGCCGGCUGUUGCUACCGAGAGGGCCAGUGCCAAGUUCGUCUUCACCCAUUUCAACACUGACAACAGUGCUGGAAUACACAGCAACCUCUACAUCUUUGUCCUGGGGCUCCUCAUGAGCCAGUACACGCUCACAGGAUACGACGCAUCGGCGCAUAUGACGGAGGAGACCAAGAACGCAGACAGGAACGGCCCCAUCGGGAUAAUCAGCGCCAUCGGCAUAUCCAUAGUGGUCGGCUGGGGAUACAUAAUCGGGAUCACAUUUGCCGUCAAGGACAUACCCUACCUGCUGAGCCCUGACAAUGAAGCUGGGGGGUAUGCCAUCGCCCAAGUCUUCUACCUCGCCUUCAAAAGCCGCUACGGCAGCGGCGUCGGCGGGAUCGUCUGCCUGGGCAUCGUCGCCGUCGCCAUAUACUUCUGCGGCAUGAGCUCCGUGACGAGUAAUUCGAGGAUGGUGUAUGCUUUCUCGAGAGACGGGGCGAUGCCGCUGUCACCCGUGUGGCACAGAGUGAACAAGCACGAGGUGCCCAUCAACGCCGUCUGGCUCUCGGCUUUCGUCUCCCUCUGCAUGGCGUUGCCGUCGCUGGGUAGCCUGGUGGCGUUCCAGGCCAUGGUGUCGAUCGCGACGAUCGGGCUCUACAUCGCGUACGCGCUGCCCAUCUUCUUCCGGGUGACGCUGGCGCGCAAGCACUUCGUGCAGGGGCCCUUCAACCUCGGACGGUACGGUGUACUGGUGGGAUGGGUGGCCGUGCUCUGGGUGGUGACCAUCACCGUGCUCUUCUCGCUGCCGGUGACGUACCCGGUGACCAAGGACACGCUCAACUACACGCCGGUCGCCGUCGGUGGGCUUUUCAUCCUCGUCUUCACGUCGUGGGUCGUCAGUGCCAGGCACUGGUUCAAGGGACCCGUCACGAAUUUGAGCGGCUAG